CGGCGUUCCUGAGGGUGGGGCCGGGGGUUGAGUGUCAGUCAGGUCGCGAGCGCAACCGGGGACAGCGGAGACCCCGGCGGCUGACAGGGUUCCCGGGCCGCUGCCGUGUUGUCCACAGCCCAAGAUGGAGUUCCUCCUGGGGAACCCGUUCAGCACCCCGGUGGGGCAGUGCCUCGAAAAGGCAACAGAUGGCUCCCUGCCAAGCGAGGACUGGACGUUGAACAUGGAGAUCUGCGACAUCAUCAACGAGACGGAGGAAGGGCCAAAGGAUGCCAUCCGAGCCCUGAAGAAGCGGCUUAAUGGGAACCGAAACUACAGAGAAGUGAUGCUGGCAUUAACAGUGCUGGAGACAUGUGUGAAGAACUGCGGCCACCGCUUCCACAUCCUCGUGGCCAGCCGAGAUUUCAUUGACAGUGUUCUGGUCAAAAUCAUCUCUCCCAAGAACAACCCUCCCACCAUCGUACAGGACAAGGUGCUCGCUCUGAUCCAGGCGUGGGCUGAUGCCUUUCGAAGCAGCCCUGACCUCACAGGUGUUGUGCACAUAUACGAGGAGCUGAAAAGGAAAGGCGUCGAGUUCCCGAUGGCGGAUUUGGACGCUCUGUCUCCCAUACACACACCUCAGCGGAGUGUCCCGGAAGUGGAUCCAGCCGCCACCAUGCCCCGGUCCCAGUCGCAGCCGAGGACGAGUGCCAGCUCCCAUUCCUCGCCGCCUCCUGCUCCCUACUCCGCUCCGCAGGCCCCGGCUCUGAGUGUGACGGGCCCCAUCACCGCCAACUCAGAACAGAUUGCCAGGCUGCGGAGUGAGCUGGACAUUGUUCGAGGAAACACAAAAGUCAUGUCUGAGAUGUUAACGGAAAUGGUCCCUGGGCAGGAGGACUCGUCUGACCUGGAGUUGCUGCAGGAGCUGAACAGGACCUGCCGGGCCAUGCAGCAGCGCAUCGUGGCGCUCAUCUCCCGCGUGUCUAACGAGGAGGUCACCGAGGAGCUGCUGCACGUGAACGACGACCUCAACAACGUCUUCCUCAGAUACGAGAGGUUCGAACGAUACAGGUCGGGCCGAUCGGUUCAAAAUGGCAGUAAUGGUGUACUGAAUGAAGUGAGUGAAGACAACUUAAUAGACCUGGGGCCAGGGUCUCCAGCCGUGGUGAGCCCAAUGGUGGGGAACACGGCACCCCCGUCUUCCCUCUCCUCCCAGCUUGCCGGCUUGGACUUGGGGACAGAGAGCGUCAGUGGCACCCUCAGUUCACUCCAGCAGUGUAAUCCCCGUGACGGCUUUGAUAUGUUUGCCCAGACGAGAGGGAACUCCUUGGCCGAGCAACGCAAGACGUAUGUGGGGACCAUUUCAGUGGCUCUCAGAAGGGUAACCUACGAGGAUCCCCAGGCAGUCGGAGGACUUGCUUCUGCACUAGACAAUCGGAAACAGAGCUCCGAAGUGAAGAGAGGUAAAGGUGGGGACUCUGGCCUGGAGCCCAUAGACAGCUGGCUCAUAACCCAAGGAAUGAUCCCCGUUGUGCGGCCCUCUGUCAUGGACGACAUUGAGCUGUGGCUCAGGACCGACCUGAAGGGCGAUGACCUGGAGGAGGGCGUCACAAGUGAAGAGUUCGAUAAAUUCCUUGAAGAAAGAGCCAAAGCUGCUGAAAUGGUUCCCAACCUCCCUUCGCCCCCAGUGGAGUCCCCAGCCCCGGCCUCAAACCCCUCCGGCCGGAAGAAGCCAGAGCGUUCAGAGGAUGCCCUCUUCGCCCUGUGAGCUGUUCUGUGGUGUGGCUCCCCAGAUAGCAGGUCACCUCUCAUCCCUGUCCACACUGGGCACUGGCCACUCCUCCCAUCCCUGGCCCCCAUUGGUCCUGCGUUGUCGUCUCCAUGGAAACACCCCUGUGUUUGCUCCCAGGCCUCCCACUAGUCAGGACCUACUUUAGCCACCUUCUCUCUGGGCGGUGGGACAGCGGCACUGUAGCCAGAGGCACCUCCCCCAUCCCCGCCCCUCCUGCCCACAGGCUCCCUCUGCCCAUGUUUCCUCCCAGGAAGAGAGUGGGCAGCAGAGCCCAGCCUCAAGCAAGGCAGUCCACUCGGGACUGUUUCCUGAGCAGACACUUGGACUGUCUCUCCUGUCACCUGCCCACAGAGAAGGGGGUCAGGUCCCAGCCCCUUCUCCAUGUGCCCCUGCCCCCUGCCUGGCUCAGCAGUCUCCUUGAUCUGGCCUGCCCUCCCAUGCCUCUCUGAUCCAGAAAAGGGCUUGUCUGCACCUGCAGCUUGGUCUCCCUCCUGGACUGCUGCUCCCUGAUGUGUGUCACCUUGUGGCACUUGGCAUGCUCAGCACUUUAGAUGGCUCUGUGGGAAGCCCAUGUGUGGGGUCUCAUCUUCUUGCACCUCUUUCCAUCACUCAGCAGCCACGCGAGACUGAGUGGCCCCUCAUGGACUCACAGGCUCCUGGCAUGGGAAGAGCGAGGGGCAGCGGGAGGGCCGCGUAGCCAAUGGACAGUGGCCACAUGGCACAGCGGUUUAGCUCCUGCAGAGAGAACGCUAUAAAGCAGACUGCCCCCGUGCACACGACGCGUUCCCCACACACAGUGGGCCCAGUCUGUGGAGGGGCCUGCAGUGGGAGGGAUUGCUCUGGCUUGCUCGGGCAGGCUUUGUGGGUUUGUGAGCAUGUCCUGUGGCAGCCUCUGUGCCUCUACCGCCAGGGCCCGGCAGCAGACGGCUUUGCACUACACUUAGAGGUCC